AUGAAGAGAAAAUCUGUUUUUAUGAAAAGAAAUGUCAUAAAGUCUCAAAAUACGUUGGAUAAAUUUGGCAUUUUUAAGAAAGUGAAUGUAACGAAAAAGGAGCACGUGGAAAAAGAGAUACCAUGCGAAACAGAGAAUGAGAAAAAGGUGGAAAAGUGGAGAGAUGCAUUUAAAGUGAAAAAAGAAAUAAAUAAUGAAGAGGGAAAUGAAAAAAGAAAUGAUCAUAUUCUCAAAAGUGAACUUAGCACAGAAGAACACUCAUCAUUUAUGUUUAAGGCAAAACCAGAAGAUAAUUUAACAUGCGAAAGGUAUAAAAAUGAAAAAAUAAGAAAACACAUUAUUGGAAAAGGUGAAAAACAAAAACAUGAAGAUGGCGAUAACGAUACUACAGAAGCAGAUGAGGACAGCAGAGGUGAUAAUGACAAUGGGGUAGGUAAUGACAGUAUGCCUUAUGACAAAGACAAAAUUGAAAAAAAGAAAAAAAAAGAAGAUAACGUUAAUGAAAAUAGCACACCAUUGCAUAAGUUGUAUCAACCCAUUUAUAAGGAAGAUUACAUAAACGAAAUUCGGAGCAAAAGAAAUCCUCUGUUGACGACAGUUUUAGAUGAAGACUUAAAUUUUAAUUUAAUUUUAUGUGGACCACCAGGUUCUGGAAAAUCAUCACUAGUGAAUGUGAUAAAAAAUAAAACAAAUAAUUUAUUUAUUUCUUUAUUUCAUUUAAAUAAUUUGAAUAAUGAAUUAAGAAAGUUAUAUGAUCAAUCAAUUAUUAAUUAUAAAUUAUCAAAAAGGAAAACUAUUUUAUGUAUAAAAGAUAUAAAUAGGCUAAAUAAAAAUCAGCAAGAGAAUUUACUGUUAAUUUUAAAAAAAGGAUAUUUUUAUCUUCUUGCCACAUGCUUAUUCAACCCUAUGAAUAUAUUAAACGCAUCUCUAAGUUCACGCUGUUUAUACUUGUACCUAAAUCCUUAUGACAAAAUAGAACUGGCUUUAAUUAUCAAAAGAAUAAUUAACAGGUUAGACAUAGAAGUUGAGGAUAAUGCUCUGAAUGUAAUCAUGAACCAUUCCUGUGGAGAUGCAAGAGUGGCCAUAAACAUAAUAGAAUUCGCAAUAAAAAAUAUGAAAAGAGAGGAGCUAAAAGAGAAGGAAAUGGAAAAGGUGAAAGAAAAUGGCAAAUGCACAGAUGAAAAGGAACACAUAGAAGAAAUAAAGAAAAAAUGUGAUAUUGUUACGAAGCAGCUAAAAUUGGAGGAUCACAAUGAACUGCACAAAUGGGGAUCUCUUCAAAAUGAAAAAAAAGUUAUCCAAUUAAAUAAUAUAAAAAAUUUCUUACAAAAUUUUCCUUCAAAUGAUAACAAAUUAGAUCAUUUUAAUUUCAUUUCAGGAUUGCAUAAAAGUAUAAGAGCUGGAAACAUAAAAGCAGCAAUACUUUAUUUAACAAAAUCUUUAAAAAAUGGGGAAGAUCCGUUAUAUAUAUGUAGGCGAUUAAUUAGAAUAGCUUCUGAAGACAUUGGACUAGCUAAUCAUGAUGUUCUGUCCAUUUGCAUUAAUACACAUUAUGCAUGUAAGGCUAUAGGGAUGCCUGAGUGCCAAACGGCAUUAAUAUACGCCGUUAUUGUUUUGUGCAAAUCUUCUAAAAGUAAUUACAUAUACGUUGUUGAAAAUAAUGCUAAGCAAAUAUGCAACGAAUACAACUUUGAUGUCCCAUUUCAUUUAAGAAAUACAUCCAAUAGGUAUGUAUACACAAACCAACCUGAAAUUCUGACCUUCGAGGAACAUUUGAAAAAGUACAAGGACGUGCAGAAGUACUUGCCAGACUAUAUAGAAAAGUUGGAGCUCUUGCCGGAGAUCUGA